AUGAGCAGAGGCAAGGUCAAGCACAGGCAGCGGAAGUUAGGGGACUGUGCUAUUGCUGUGGGGCACGUGGAAGCAGCGUGCAGAGGAAGAAAGGCGCAGGGGGAAUUGAAGUUUUUGACGCAAGAGGAGCAGUCGGAGGUCAAGCAGGAAGCGGAGGAAUUGGACGCAGAAUACGAAGAUUUUUUCCCUAUAAACAUUGUAAGCGGCAAUGGGCAACACGAACCGAAGAUGUAUUAUGUAUCGAGUGUGCAACCGAUGUUUGUAACAGCGAAAUUAAAUGGUAGGUUAGAUUUAGUUAUGGAAGUAGAUACGGGCACGUAUUUAACGGUAUUGUCGGAAAAGGACAAGAAUUUGUAUUUUCCGGAGUUAGUGUUAGAGAAACCGAUGCUUAAAUUAAAAAGUUAUGGUAGUGUAAAAUUACAUCCGCUUGGGGUGUUAAAGGAAUUAAAGGUUGAGCUAAAUGGUAUUAAAAGGGAAUUAGAGUGUUACGUAUUACCGGGAGAAGGUCCCCCGCUGAUAGGCAGGCAGUGGUUAGAAGCUUUCGGAAUGUGGCCGCUUAGUUAUCCAAAACAAACCAGUAUAGUAGCCAAAGUAAACAAAAUAGAGGAAUCCGAAUUAUGGGAGCAAUUCUCAGCUAAAUACCCUGUGCUAUUCGGAAACACACCGGGUCUCUUUAAUAAAGGCGAGAUCAGACUUGUUUUAAAGGAAGGAACAAAACCAAUAGCAUUGAAGGCGAGACAUUUGCCGUUCGCGUUAGUACCUAAAGUAGAUGAAGAAAUAGAUAGAUUAUUGAAGCUGGGUCAUUUAGAAAAAGUGGAGACGAGUGAAUGGGCAACGCCGAUAGUACCGAUAAUUAAGAAAGAUGGCAAAGUAAGAUUGGCUGGUAAUUUUAAACUAACAGUUAACCCGUAUAUAGUAAUGAACAAGUAUCCUUUACCACUGUUUGACGAGAUUUUUGCAGUGCUUCAAGGGGGUGAAGAAUUCUCGGAAAUAGAUUUAGCUCACGCUUAUAUGCAGUUGGCGGUAGAGAGGCAAUCUAGGGAUUGCUUAACCAUUAUUACGCAUCGGGGGCUACUACGUUAUACAAGACUAGCGGAAGGGGUUUGUGUAGGACCGGGAGAAUUUCAAAAAUUAAUGGAGGGCGUGUUGGCUGGAAUAAGCAACACCGUAGCGUACCUAGACAACAUAUAUUGUACGGGAAAAAAUAGAGUAGAACACUUGCGAGUGUUGAAUGAAGUAUUCGAUAAGUUACAGGCAAGCGGUUUAAGAGUUAAUAAAAGGAAAUGUAAGUUAUUCCAAGCGGAAUUGGACGUAUUAGGAUUUGUGAUAAGUAAAAAUGGAGUAAAAAAGUCACCGGAAAAGAUAAGAGCAAUGUUAGAGUCUCCGAGACCGACAAAUACCAAACAGUUGCAAGCGUUUAUAGGAUUAAUCACGUACUACGCGCGGUUCUUGCCGUACAGGGCGGAAAAGAUGAAACCUUUAUACGCGUUGUUGGAAAAAAAAAAUAGCGAUUUUAUAUGGAGUACAGACUGUGAGACAGCGUUCGUGUGGGUUAAGAAAGAACUGGCAUCAGACCGAGUACUUGCGCAUUACGAUCCUUCGAAAAAAUUAAUUCUGGCUUGUGACGCUUCACCGUAUGGGUUAGCUGCCAUUUUGUCGCACGAAUACGGGGAUGGAGUGGAAAGGCCGAUCGCCUAUGCAUCGAAGGUAAUUCCGAAGAGCGAAUUAAGUAGAGCGCAAAUAGAUAAAGAAGCGAGUGCUAUUAUUUUCGGUUUUAAAAAAUUUUACAGAUAUGUAUUCGGCCGGGAGAUUAUAUUAAAAACUGAUCAUAAGCCUUUGGUCUAUAUCUUUGGGCCAAACAAGGAAAUACCUUCGACCAUAGCAAGUCGAUUACAGCGGUGGGCAUACUAUUUGUCGGGGUUUAAGUAUAGUAUAAGUUACGUAAAAUCGGUGGAUAAUGGCAAUUGCGAUGCACUAUCAAAGUUGCCAGUAAGCGACGAGACAGGGGUUUUUGAGAAUGAAUUCGCUACUGUAAACUAUUUUUCGGAAGGCGCAAGCUGUGUAGAUUUCCGAAGAGUAGGUCAAGAGACUCAGAGAGAUGAGGUGUUGCGCAUUAUUUACAAGUACGUUAAUGACGGGUGGCCCGCUAGUGAAAGUAAAUUAAAAGAGGAAGAAAAACCGUACUGGGGGAAAAGAGUGGAGUUAAAUACGGAGAAAAACAGCGUGUUAUGGGGAUACCGAGUAAUAAUUCCGAAAAGUUUGCAAACUAGAGUGCUCGAGGAGUUGCAUUCGUCCCAUUUAGGCGUGGUAAAAAUGAAAAUGAUAGCUAGGUCCUAUUUUUGGUGGCCAGGAUUGGAUAGAGAGAUAGAAAACGUAGCGAAUUCGUGUAUGAUUUGCUUGCGAGAGCGGAAAAAACCACAACAGGUGCCGCUGUCAACCUGGCCUUGGCCGGAUAGGGUAUGGCAACGUAUACAUAGUGACUUGUUGGGGCCCGUAGAGGGUAAAAUGUUCUUGAUUGUAAUAGACGCACACUCAAAAUGGCCAGAGGUGGUGGAUAUGGGACAAUGUACGCAAUCAAUUAGGCUUAUAAAAGAAUUUAGGAAAAUUUUUUCGAGGCAUGGGUUACCGAAACAUGUGGUAACGGAUUGCGGACCACAGUAUGCCAGUCAAGAAUUUAAAAAGUUCCUGGAGGAAAAUGGAAUCAGGCAGAGUUUUGCGCCACCGAAACAUCCAGCAACUAAUGGAGCGGCGGAAAAUUUUGUUGGAACGUUCAAAGAUAAAGUAAAGAAAAUUAUGAAAGGGGGAGUGUCGUUAGAACGAGCAGUGGAUUUGUUUCUGAUGGAGUAUCGUAGUACCGAGCACUGUUCGACGGGUCGUAGUCCGGCUUGGAUGAUGUAUAAGAGGGAAUUGCGAACGCGAUUCGAUUUAUUGAAGCCUACGGCAGAUGAAAAUGUGUACAUAAAACAAGCGGGGCAAAUUAGAUCAGUGGACGGGAAGCGCAAAUUCAGUGUGGAGGUAGGAGAUGCGGUGAUGGUGGAUGAUUAUAGGAUAGGAAAGGAUAAGAGAGUAGAGGGUGUAGUG